AUGCUCACGCCCCCCCACUUCAUCAUCUCUGCCCAUUAUUCGCCUGUUGCACCAUCACGUUGCUUUGAUGUGCCCGUGCCUACUGCUGCUGCUGCUGCUGCAGAUACAAGGAGAAUGUGUGUCUUCCCGUCCCCUCUGCUCUCGACGCCUCUUCUCUCGUCCCCUCUCGUCCCGUCCCCUCCUCUCUCAUCGCGUCGCCUCCUCUCUCGUCGUGUCCCCUCCUCUCUCGUCACGUCCCCUCCUCUCUCAUCACGUCCUCUUCUAUCUCGCCACGUCCCCUCCUCUCUCGUUGCGCCCACUCCUCUCUCGCCGCAUCCCCUCCUCUCUCGUCGCGUCCCCUUCUCUCUCGUCGCGUCCCCUUCUCUCUUGCCACGUCCCCUCCUCUCUCGUCGCAUCCCCCUGUCUCUCGCCGUGUCCCCUCCUCUCUCGGUGUGCCCCCUCCUCUCUCGUCGCGUCCCCUUCUCUCUCGUCGCAUCCCCUCCCGUCCCUUCUGGUCUCGGCGCAAAUCUUCCCGUCCGCGACGGCGACGGCGACGGCGCUGGCACUCGCCUUGCUGCCUUCCUCUCCGCUUUCGCCGAUGCCUCUCCCUCGUCGCUUCCGCCGAUGCCGCUCCACUACCGCUUCAGCCGAUGCCUCUCCCUCGUCGCUUCCGCCGAUGCCGCUUCGCUACCGCUUCAGCCGAUGCCUCUCCCUCUCCGCUUACGCCGAUGCCUCUCUCUCUCCGCUUCCGCCGAUGUCGCUCCGCUAUCGCUUCAUCUCUCUUUAUGCUCGCCUAACCUCCCUUCCAUUCCUUAG